CAAAGUUUAUCACCAAAGACUCCAAAAUACAUGUGGCCAAGCCUCCUGAAAUGCCUGAUUCACAGGUAUCGACAGCUUUUAUCUAAGCCCGUGCCUCUUGCGUAUACGGUGGGCCCCAGAAGACACAAAUGGAUGUUUGCCAAAAGUCCAUCGCGAGACUUGGCCAAGCAUGGCCAGGUGAUUGUGGAGGAGCAGAAAUCAAGUACACAGAGCCCAAAAAGCAUUAUAGAGCUCAAACAUUAUUUUCGCACCCGUGAUCUUUCUAAAGACGCCAGAAUGAGACAUCUUCGAGCGAAAAUGGAAGAGCUUGUUGGAGUUCCUGUUGAAAAUCACUGGGCGGACGACUACUUCACAACCAUUGACGCUGUAUUCAUGAGUUUACACCGAGAAAAUGGUGUUGCUGACUACUUACUACCUAAAGAGGACUUGUUCGUCCUUUUUGAUAAAACGGCGCGUUUUUACCUCGACUCUGGGAGGUCAGACAUGCCCCAGUAUAUGGCCAUCUUGGCUCUGGCUUUCACCAAAAGUGAUAUGACCCCGCCAACUAGUGUGCUUGUCAAUAUUGUGGAGAUUGGCUCCAGGGCCAAAUUCGGCGGAUUGUCUUCCUCCUUAUCGUAUGUGCUCCAAAGCAGAACUGUGACAAUAGGGCCAGAUUUUAUUCCCUCCCUAUUAGAACGCCAGGCACAAAAUGCUCUUAUUAUUCUUGAUACCUAUGAAUCGCUUUUGGCUGCUGCAGAUUCCUCAAACCAGCACAGAAUUGUGAAUGACGAAUUUGUAAGGUCCUUCAUCAGCCAUGUACAAGAAGUCUUUGCUGACUCCAACCCAAAGAUACACGAGUAUCUAGAUGAAAACAGAAACCUCCAUCGAAUUCAGUAUAUUUCCAACAAAGUCAUUCAUGAGUACUUGAAGGCGGCAAACACUCAAGAUGUCUUACGCUUGCUCAAGCUAAAAGCAGACUUGAAUUCCGUGCAUGCAAAUGAGAGCGACAUAGACGCACUCGAGACGAUCAUGAUGCAUAUCCAAGCGCAUGGUGAACACGACAAUUUUUCACAUAUCCAGCAAGUUUUGUUCACUCAAGAUAUUGACGACGAGGAAAUGGCGCAAUGCUUGCUUUCACAAGCGGCAAAGGGAAAAUCGCAAUAUGACGUAUUACUUCUGAAUAUAUGCGAUUUCGUCAUAGGUGACGAAAUAAAGUUUUCAUCGAGCUUGAGGCUUCAAUCGCUCCUUUGGAAAGCAUCGCUCUCUCAACGGGACAAGCCAUAUCAUCAAGUAUUUCCUGAGGUGAAGCGAAUUUACGACCCUUUUGCCAAUAAUCGAGAAACCGCAUCUAAUGUGUUAAGCGAUGUACUUCGAGCCACAUCUACAUUCCAGGUGAGCGACACUCAAGGCUUACUCGACUUGAUCUAUCAGAACUUUGUGGAGAUUUAUGACAUUGAUCUUUCCAUCAUGGAUUACAAGCUUAUGAUUGACCGAUUUCUUGAGCAGAAAGAUCUGGAACUGGCUUAUUCAUUGUUCCAGGAAAGUAUAGAGAUAGGUCUAGCUCAAUGGGUCGAAUCGGCUGAUCCUUCGAUAGCCGCUACGCUAGAUAAUCUCGUCAUUUCGCUUUUCCAGACGGACGCGGCCGUCGCAGACAUCUUUUCUAAAUUCAAAAAAGUCAAACAGCAUAUGCCUGUGAGCUGUUCGGCAGAUGCACUCCAUGCGAUCGCCCAGAAAAUGUUGGCCGAAUGUUGUGUGGGUGAUGUUAUGGAGUUGAUGAAGCGAGAAUUGCCAGCGAUCGAAAAAGAUUCAUACCGCAAAAUUAGAACCGACUUGCCGUAUUGCAGCCCUUAUGACAGGUUGUUCCACUUGCUCCACCAGUUUGUGGUGACAUAUAAGGAAGAUACAACGUUUCAAACGAACUGGGUUCUUUAUGGAGAAAUGCACAAGUACUUCCACAUACCCGCUCAUACGUAUCUUCCUGUCAUAAAGUUUUUCUGCGAGACUGGAAGAUUAAAUGCGGCUUUGCUUAUUGUCCGUCGUAUGAAAAUGCUUAGUGAACUUCAUGCUGACUCAAAUAUCAACCCUCCUCCACAGCGUGAAAUCUAUGUCUACUUAUUGAAAGUUUUUGGUGAUCAGCUUUAUGAAGAGGGUGUGGUCGAGAUCCACGAAUUUCUCAAGAUGGAUACCAACAUUCAAACUCAAGAUAUCCACAUGCAAAAUUCGAUUUUGAAUGCGUACUCAAACUUGCAGAAUAUUGGCAAAGCGAGAGACUUGUUUCUUACCAUCUCGAGCAAUCCUAAACAGGAGGGAGGCAUCAACGAGGAAACUGCCCAAAUCAUGCUCAAGACCUACACAUAUAGCGGGCUCCCCUAUGUGAAGAAGUUCUGGAACAGUCUCUCGCUGUAUGGAAUUUUUCCUGAUUAUGGAAUUUAUAAGCAAUACCUCAUUGCACACACAUAUCAUGGCGAUGUCGCGGAAGCCAUCAAAUUGGUUGAGGAAAUCGACGACUACAACCUCGAAUUUUCUUCUGACCUUCUUUUGUCCAUGCACAAUUACUGUAUUGAACCCGAGAAGCAAGCAGAAGUUGUGGACUGGGCUAAAGAAAACCAUAAAGAGAAGUGGGAGGAUCUCAUAGAAGGUGGGCUUCUAAAGUCUGCAACUCCAUAUAUGCCUGAUACGAACUUAUUAACUGCCGGGCACACUGAGUAAAGCUUCAUAUGAAGUGAAAGACCACAGGUGCAAUGUACCUAUGACCAGUGAAAGACGAGGCAUUAGUUUGUUACAAAAAGUGAAAGAGAUUCCAGAACCUAACAAUUUUUCAUUUUAAGAAGAGCCGAGUGGUUUUUUGCUGGUGGAAAAGGCGACACAAAGAACACUGUAUCAUGGCCAACGCUGGUAUAUGUCAGAUGAUGUAGAACACAACAAACUUUCUGAGCUAGUUCCAACAGUAGCACAUUCGAGUGAUUUACAUAUAAACUGUCGUAUAAUUUCUAGGUCAACAAUGAACCAAAUGUAGGAGC